GCAGAGCGCAGGCUUCCACAUGUUGUCAGCAGCUGGAAGCGCUACAGGAGAGCAGCGCGUCUCUCCCAGAGCGCAUGCAGGUUGCCGGAGCGCCACUUUUCUCACUUCAUUAGAAACAGCCACUUCAGUUUUGUUUGAUUUUUACCACUUGUCAAUAUUUUGGGAUUUUUUUCCCCUCCUAAUAUUGUUUUUUUUUGCAGCAUGACUGCUGCUGCUUUCGCAACAGAUUUGACUUGAUCCCCCCAAAAGAGACGCCAUGGGGGAGUCGUUUACCACCAUCAUCGCUGAAAUUCUCAAUUCCACCGACUUGAACAGGAUUUUCUUGUGCAACGUGACAAAGAAUUUUUCAGAGUGUGACAUCGAGAGAAAAUUCGAGGACAAAGACAUCGACAGGACCGUCCGGAUUUUCCUCUACUGCCUGAUCUUCCUCCUCAGCUUGCUGGGCAACAGCCUCAUCAUCGCAGUGCUGGUGAGGAACCGGAGGAUGAGGACGGUCACCAACCUGUUCCUGCUCUCCCUGGCUGUGAGCGACCUCAUGGUCUCUCUGGUGUGCAUCCCCUUCACCCUCAUCCCCAACCUCAUGAAAAACUUCAUCUUCGGCAUCGGCAUGUGCAAGCUGGUCAUGUACUUCAUGGGGGUAGCUGUGAGCGUCUCCACCUUCAACCUGGUGGCCAUCUCUCUGGAGCGCUACAGUGCCAUCUGCAACCCCCUGACUUCCAGGGUGUGGCAGACCAAAUCUCAUGCAGCCAAAGUCAUCACCACCACCUGGGUGGCUUCCUUCAUCCUGAUGCUUCCCUACGCCAUUUUUAGUACCGUGGAAUCCAACAACAGCCCCAUUAAAAUGUGCCGCCUGGUGAUGCCCAACGACACCAGCUUCCAGUCUUGGUACGUGUCUCUGCUCUUGGUGCUAUUUUUGAUCCCCGGCAUCAUCAUGAUGACAGCCUAUGGACUCAUCUCCCUGGAGCUCUACAGGGGAAUCAAGUAUGAGCUGCCCAAAAGGAAAUCUAGUCGAGAUAGACAAAGCAGCACCGGCAGCAUUAAGCCAGGAGACAGUGAUGGCUGUUACUUGCAGCCAUCUAAAAGGAAAAGCCUAACGUUGGGUUCGGGUAGCUUUGGCAGCUCCAGCGGCAAACAGGCGGUGGGGCGGGUGAGCUGCAGCAGCUCUGUAUCCAACCUGAUGGCCAAGAAGCGCGUCAUCCGCAUGCUCCUGGUCAUCGUCUUCCUCUUCUUCCUUUGCUGGACCCCCAUCUUUGUGGUCAACGCAUGGAAGGCUUUUGACAUGGAAUCGGCCCACCGCCACCUGACGGGCGCACCCAUCUCUUUCAUCCACCUGUUGUCCUACACGUCGGCCUGCGUCAACCCCAUCAUUUACUGCUUCAUGAACAAGCGUUUCCGCCAGGGCAUGUUGGCCACGUUCACCUGCUGCGGUUGCUUCAGGAAGACAAGUGAAAGGAGCAGCAGCUUGGGGAGGUCUGCUGGAAGCAGAACCAUUAGGGAGGAAGCCAGCAGAUGGAAACCGGGGCCAAAGACCCCCGAGGAGAAUGGUCAUACUCCUCCAAGCGGAGCGAGCACUCGCUUUACCUACAACUGACAAGCGUAAGUCAGCCUGGAGAGAACUGACUUAAUAUGACCACGUGACUGUAAGUGCAAGGGAGUCUGUGGUGUGUUUCAAAGUCCUGACAGUUCUUACACAACACGUUUAUGAGCAGACAUGUUGCUUUAGCAUGGUGUGACGUGAUGUGUGUAAAGCUGAAGUAUACAUUUAAUGCUUUUAAGAGCAGAUCAACAUGGCCAGAUAUUUCUAAGUCAGACUCCGACUGUCUUUUGUGCAGUAAGUUACUAUUAAGCAUUCCUUUCAUUGACUGCAUGUGAGAACUGGACAAAGUGACUCCUCCCCCCUCGCUUUCCAAACAGGAAGUACCCGCUGGUUUCAAAAGCUAAAAUCCUAUAGACUUUUAUAGAAAAAUAAACAGCUAUUAGUCAGUCAUUCUAAUUGUCGGAAUAACUAUUCUUGCUCUGCUACCUUUUUUUUUUUUUAAACACGUUUUUGAUAAUCCUUUUUUUUCUGUAGUGCAAGUUAUAAACUGACAAAACAGAUGCCUCAGUGAAAGUAUGUGUUCUGAUGUCAAACAUCCGUGCAGUCCAAAUUCAAGCAGUGGGGGUGUAAACUUCCAACAAGCUCACUCCUGAUUGGCAAAAGUGGUUGCCAUAGAAACAUUGACCCAGAGCAACUCGUAAGAAUCACUGCUUUCUGACAACGUCUGGCUCCAACAUGGCGACAUCUGUUUCACCCAAAAAUUGCAACUGAAUAGAAUUUAUUUCAUUGGAGCUGGAAGCAAGUCAUUUUCUACUCAUUCAGUCUAGUUCUCAAAUUCAGUAGCCAUAUGAUAUAUUUUACUAUGGAAAUGUUGAAAACAUAUUGACUUUUUGUGUCUAUAUUCAUAUUUUUACCACUUAUGACAGUUCUCAUUUGGGUUGAGCGCUUAAAUCCUGCCUGAUGUCAAACGACGGUUUAGGAGACAGCAACAAAUAUGGAAGAAAUUUAAAACUGAACUUUUAGGCUGAUUUGACAUUCAGGUUGCAGUUCGAUCUUUCAGCUAGCUUAAUUGCGACACAUCAUGUGUAUCCCUGAACUGUAGCUUUUCUGUCAUCAGAGAGAUUCUUCCCUGAGUCAUUGUCAACAGGAGUCUUUUUCUUUUUUGUUGGGGCGUUUAACGCCUAAAUGUCCACAAACUAUCAGAUUGACAAGCAGCGAGGACCUGUACUGGCAUUAGCGCUAGCCUGAAGUUCGCGAUUCAGGAGCGAGAAAGCUUUAAGACACUUCUUAAAAGUGUUGGUUUACGCUUUCAACACUUUUAGGAAGUGAUUCUGAAAAUAUGCGGUUGAAGUACCAGUACACAGUCUCACCUGCAGAACAGGCAGGAAUAAUUCUAAAGCAGCUAAGCUAACAGCUAGUAAGGUUUUCAAAUUCUGCCAAGUAAGCACAUAUGAAUCAUGAACAAAUACACUCUGCACAACCUUUUUGUCAGUUACACAGGCAACCGGUGUGGUUAAUAAAAUGUAUUGACACAGUAAAUAAAUAUGUCUACUGAGGAAACAUUAGCUCUACAAGACGUGUCAGAGCACAUGACAUAACAUGUUCUGAGUCAACCGUCUAUGGCUUUCUGUACUUGUUUAUACCCAUUAUAUAAUAACUGUGUGAAGAGGUCUGUAUACUCAAGAAUAAUGAAGGCUAAGAAAUGUUGUGGGCUAACGCCUGGUUUGCUUAACGGUUAUAAAAACCAGUUAAAUAGAAGGAAAGGAAUUAGCUUAAAAAUAAUGUAAAACCUAUAUCAAAAAUGUUUAUAAUGCUUUUACAUUUGACAACUAAAAGGUUUACAGCUAUUUUACUUUUGUAAAAAAAAAAAAAAAAAUUGUAAAAAAAAAAAAAAAAGAGAAAACCCUACCUUUCUGCUUUUCUGCAAUUUUUGUUAACCGUUAUUAAACUUUAGCUACAAGUCUACAACUUUUUAUUUUUUACACAUUUUUGUAAAAUAAUUGUACACUAACCUGUUAAACUUUACAAAACAGAAAAAAUAUUAAUGCACCUUUAGGUGUCAAAUGUCGUUUAACCUCCAACAAUUGGGAUAAAAAGGUCCAUUCCAGAGCUUCAAAGCAAAACUAGCCGCUGUACAAACAGGUUUGUCCUUGAACUUGUGUGUGUGUGUGUGUGUGUGUUAAUGUACCUAUGGGACUUCUAACACCUGCAACUAACUCUUCAUAGAGUGAAUUCAUGUCAUCGCUGGCCUGACUUCCAGAUUUUUCCUGUUAAAUAUAGCAGCAUUGAUGUAGCAUCUUUUUUUUGUUUGUUUUUUUUUCCUUGUUUCUCCAAGUAAUUUCUAUGUUCUGAACAUCCAUUGCUCUAGUUUCUGAUGGUCUUGAUGGAAAAUGAUGUAUUUUGUUCUGUGUUGCGUGAUAAUCUGCCCAUUUUAGACAAAUAAUUGAAUGUAGAAAGAUAAUUCCAGUGAUGUAACUGACUUGUAAUGUGCAGACCCCGGGCGAAAUAACUCAUUCCCUUUUAACAGCUGUCAUAAAAAUGGACCUAAAAGGACAGAGGGACUCUGGUGGUGCUUCUGUCGUGCCCACGGCUUAGCUCGCCUUUACCCCAGCAGCCACUGUGGGGGCAAAAUGGAAUAUAUUUAAUAUAUUAAAACCAGGGGGACACGUCUGGGUCAUUCA